CAUAAACUCUUUGCAGAUAAUGCAAUGGCAAAACCACACAGAAAGUGACCCCUGGGAAUCAAAAGUUAAAACCAAUGGCACAGCAUAGCACAGUGUACAGUGUUUAUUUACUAUAUAGCAAAACACUCACUGGCAUAACAGUUUAGGGAGAGAGAGAGUGAAAACAAGUGUAAAAAGAGAGAAAGUUAGGAGGGGGAUAGAGAGUGUGUGUGUGUGCAGAGUUUGCAGGCUUGUAGCAGAAAUGGUGGCAGAUGGUUUUAACUUUAUGUGUGAAAUAAUUUUCUUCUAUCUCUUUUCUCUUUAGUGUUUUCUCUCUCUCUCUCUCUCUUCUUUUUCUUCCUGCAUCUUCUUGUGUUUAGGGAGUGUGAUGUUUUGUGGCAGAAGAACGAUGUGAUUGGACACAGCCAAAGCUGUGGACUUGUUCUGUUACUACUUUGUAAUUGUAAUCACAUAAAAGGCUAGAGGGUAUGAAGAGUGCACAGAAAAAUACUAGUACUAGUUUCAAACAAAACUCACCUUACUACUACCCUUCCAUCUCAAGCCAUAGUUGAGUUGAGUGGUGCACAGUGUCACUAUACAUACCACUAACACCCUUUUUUGGUUCUUGUUCUGUGGCUCCUUGUGCUUUGAGCAAGAGCUUUUUGAGAAAGAGCUUGGUGGUGGUGGUUGUUGUUGAGUGGUUUCAUGGUUAGGCUGUUGUUAAGUUGAAGUUCAUCAGUUGCAGCUAUGGCAUUUCGAUUUGGAGUCCUUAUUCUUGCUUUGGUUAUUUGUUUGAAUUUCAAUUCUGUGGAAUCUGAUGAUGGAGCAACGUUGUUAGAGAUAAAGAAGUCAUUUAGAGAUGUGGAUAACGUGCUCUAUGAUUGGACUGACUCACCAUCAUCAGAUUAUUGUGCCUGGAGAGGGAUAUCAUGUGAUAAUGUUACCUUUAAUGUUGUUGCACUCAAUCUUUCAGGGUUGAAUCUUGAUGGUGAAAUUUCACCUGCAAUUGGGAAACUUCAGAGUUUGGUCUCAAUUGACCUCAGAGAAAACAGGUUAUCAGGGCAGAUACCAGAUGAGAUUGGUGACUGUUCAUCUUUAAAGAACUUGGACUUGUCAUUUAAUGAAAUUAGAGGGGAUAUACCAUUUUCUAUUUCUAAGUUGAAACAGCUGGAGAAUCUGAUUUUGAAGAACAACCAAUUGAUUGGACCAAUUCCUUCAACUUUGUCUCAGAUUCCUGAUUUGAAGAUUCUAGACCUGGCUCAAAAUAAUCUUAGCGGAGAAAUACCAAGGCUUAUAUAUUGGAACGAAGUUUUGCAAUAUCUAGGCUUGAGAGGGAACAAUUUGGUUGGUUCACUAUCACCAGACAUGUGCCAGUUAACUGGGCUGUGGUAUUUUGAUGUGAGAAACAAUAGCCUGACAGGAAGUAUUCCAGAGAACAUAGGCAAUUGUACUGCCUUCCAGGUCUUGGAUUUAUCCUACAACCAACUAACUGGAGAGAUACCAUUCAAUAUUGGAUUCUUGCAAGUAGCAACUUUGUCCUUGCAAGGCAAUAAACUCUCUGGACAUAUUCCACCGGUGAUCGGUCUCAUGCAAGCACUUGCUGUCCUAGACUUGAGCUGCAACUUGUUAAGUGGAUCGAUCCCUCCUAUCUUGGGAAAUUUGACUUACACAGAAAAAUUGUACUUGCAUGGAAACAAGCUGACUGGCUUCAUCCCCCCAGAGCUUGGAAAUAUGUCAAAGCUUCACUAUUUGGAACUGAAUGAUAACCAUUUAAGUGGACAUAUCCCGCCCGAGCUUGGAAAGCUUACAGAUCUGUUUGACUUAAAUGUUGCAAACAACAAUCUUGAGGGGCCAAUUCCUAGUAAUCUUAGCUCAUGUAAAAAUCUCAACAGCCUCAAUGUGCAUGGCAACAAGUUGAAUGGAUCAAUUCCCCCUUCUUUGCAGAGUUUGGAGAGCAUGACCUCUUUGAAUCUUUCUUCCAACAAUCUUCAGGGCGCAAUUCCAAUAGAACUGUCGCGGAUUGGCAAUUUGGAUACAUUGGAUAUUUCAAACAAUAACUUAGUUGGUUCCAUCCCUUCUUCCCUUGGUGACUUGGAACAUCUUCUGAAGUUGAAUCUAAGCAGAAACAAUUUAACAGGAAUUAUUCCAGCAGAAUUUGGAAAUCUUAGAAGUGUUAUGGAAAUUGAUCUUUCAAAUAAUCAACUCUCUGGCUUGAUUCCUGAUGAACUUAGUCAGCUUCAAAACAUGAUAUCCUUGAGACUUGAAAAUAACAAAUUGACUGGCGAUGUGGCAUCACUUUCAAAUUGCAUUAGUCUCUCUCUACUUAAUGUGUCCUAUAACAAACUAUUUGGUGUUAUCCCAACGAGUAACAACUUUACCAGGUUUCCCCCUGACAGUUUCAUUGGAAACCCUGGUCUUUGUGGUAAUUGGCUGAAUUUGCCGUGUCAUGGUGCUCGCCCUUCAGAGCGAGUUACAUUAUCUAAGGCUGCCAUUCUUGGAAUUACUCUUGGUGCCCUUGUGAUUCUUCUUAUGGUAUUGCUGGCAGCUUGCCGACCACAUAGUCCCUCUCCUUUUCCUGAUGGAUCAUUUGACAAACCAGUUAAUUUCUCCCCCCCAAAGCUAGUGAUUCUUCAUAUGAAUAUGGCACUACAUGUGUAUGAAGAUAUCAUGAGGAUGACUGAAAACCUGAGUGAGAAGUAUAUAAUUGGAUAUGGAGCAUCAAGUACAGUUUAUAAAUGUGUUCUUAAGAAUUGCAAGCCGGUGGCUAUCAAGAGGAUCUAUUCUCACUAUCCCCAAUGUAUUAAAGAAUUUGAAACUGAACUUGAGACGGUUGGCAGCAUCAAGCACCGGAAUCUGGUCAGUCUCCAAGGUUAUUCCUUGUCCCCAUAUGGGCAUCUCCUGUUUUAUGACUACAUGGAAAAUGGCAGUCUAUGGGAUCUUCUUCAUGGACCUACCAAGAAGAAAAAGCUUGACUGGGAGCUGCGUCUAAAAAUAGCACUUGGAGCAGCACAAGGGCUUGCUUAUCUACACCAUGAUUGCUGUCCUAGAAUCAUCCACAGAGAUGUGAAAUCAUCUAACAUUCUAUUGGAUGCAGACUUUGAGCCUCAUCUCACUGAUUUUGGCAUUGCCAAAAGUCUCUGCCCCUCAAAGUCCCAUACUUCUACUUACAUAAUGGGCACAAUUGGCUAUAUAGACCCUGAGUAUGCUAGAACUUCACGUCUCACUGAGAAGUCUGAUGUGUACAGUUACGGUAUUGUUUUACUUGAGUUGCUAACUGGAAGGAAAGCUGUUGACAAUGAAUCCAACCUCCACCAUCUGAUUUUGUCCAAGGCAGCAACCAAUGCAGUGAUGGAAACAGUUGAUCCAGACAUUACUGCCACAUGCAAGGACCUAGGAGCUGUAAAAAAGGUUUAUCAGCUUGCUCUAUUAUGCACAAAGAGGCAGCCAGCUGAUAGGCCGACAAUGCACGAAGUGACACGUGUACUCGGAAGCCUUGUGCUGUCAAACACCCCACCAAAGCAACUAGCUGCACUACCACCUGCUUCAAAUCCAUCUGCCAAAGUGCCAUGCUACGUGGAUGAGUAUGCAAACCUCAAGACUCCACACUUGGUGAACUGCCCCUCAAUGAGCACCUCAGAUGCUCAACUCUUCCUCAAGUUUGGAGAAGUAAUCUCUCAAAACAGUGAGUGAAUGAGUGAGCGGGGAUUUUGAAAUGAAAAUCAAGUCCAAGAAUCAUGUAUAUUAUUUAAAAACCAAAAAAGAGAAGCGAAAAAAUGGAUGAGGGGUAAUAGUUAAUGAAAAUGUUUAUAAAAAAGUUUUAGUACUAGUUUUUUUUUUAGUGUUGGUUGAUUUGAACAAAAAGAAAGAUAUUAUGUAUCAUCAUCAUCACAAUUUGAAAGGUGAAGUAAAUCCAAUUCUUGUACUUGUUUGGUGGUAGCACACAAGGGUUUGCAGUAGCAAAAGUUAAGGUUUUGGGGCCAAUGUUGCAGGGUGGGGUAGCUAAGGUCUUAAAUGUUAGUAGGAGGGAAGCAAAUACUAUUGCAUAAUGUGUGAACAUCAAUAAUGCACUGAAUUUCUUAGCUGGCUUUGGAUCAGUUAUCUGUCUGAAUGCUGGCGGUAUUAAGAAAAAAAAAAAAGUGUAUCCAUUACCUCUUUUACUACCUGAUGCCAUUUGCUCAGUAAAGUGCUAUGAAAUUAUGUCA